AUGGAUGAGCUUUCAAUUUGUAUCAUUACUCAUGACAGGAAAAUACAAAAUGCUGCUCAAAACAAUAGUACAGAGAAGAAAGAACACUUAUUUAAAAUUAUCGUUGUGGGAAGCAAAUUUACCGGAAAAACCAGUAUCAUCCGAAGAUAUGUUCACCAAUACUUCAGUGAAAACUACAAAGCCACGAUUGGCGUGGACUUUGCACUGAAAGUUAUUAAUUGGGACGCAGAGACUGUAAUAAAACUACAACUAUGGGAUAUCGCAGGACAAGAUAAUUACGAAAAAAUGACAAGGGUUUACUUUAAAGACGCUGUCGGUGCCGUUGUUGUUUAUGACAUAACCGAUACGAAAACUUUUGAAAGUACUAAAAAGUGGAAAGAUGAUGUCGAUAAUAAAGUUUUUCUUCCCGAUGGUUCCACCGUCCCUGUCGUUUUAUUAGCAAACAAGUGUGAUAAAGCAAAGAUCGGAGAUCAUAAUGAUCCAGAGUAUCUCGACAAAUUUAUCCAGGACAAUGGUUAUAUAAAAUGGUUCGAAACCUCAGCUAAAACUAACGUAAAUAUUGACAAAGCCUUUAGAAGUUUAGUAGAAGAGAUCUACGAAAAAUCGACUAAAUUUGACGGGAAAGAGACUGCAGAUCCUGAACGGGUCAAUCUUAAUAAUACUAACGAGAAAGAAGGAACUAAAUCUAGUUCAUGCUGUUUCUAA